ACUAAAAGAAAUUCUGCAGACACAGGAAUUAGGCACUGUGACUUUGAAAAAGAUGACAGAACUUCUGAAAAUGUUAAGUAUUGGCCAAAAAAACCUCAUGUCUAUGUUUAAAAUUAAUUCUCAGAUUAGAUUAAAUGGAAAGAAGGCCGGAAUACACUAUGGUCAGCGUAAGCAUAGGGCAUGCUUGGGGGUGAUAGGAACUGGGGACCGACCACCAAAUAGUUCUGCCCUGUGGAGCAAAGAGCCGUUCCCAGCACUCCCAACAGUGGUUUGCACAGGAAACAGUGCCAAGAGGGCCCAUCCAGCCAGGGGUUCUGCGAUCUAAGGGAAGGGUGAUUCCUACAGGUCACAGAGACCGCAGAACCCAGAUUCACGGGCUCAGCCCCUUGAAUGUGGGGCCAAACACAAGAGAACACUAAAGUGAAUUUCUUCUGAGGAAGGAGUUUGAGAAGGAGCAGAACCCAGACCAUGGUGGAGACUCCUGAGAGCGCCGCCUCCUGAAGCACCAGCGCUGGAUCUGACCCCGCACCCCACGCCUCUCUCGUCCCCUCCCCUGCCGCAGACAAUCCACAGGCUUCCACCUGCACGCUGCACCUGCUGCUCUUCAGCUUUUCCAACCUGCCCUGCACUCUGGAUCCUUCUCCAUCCCCUCCUGAAUCGUCAGCUGAGGGGUUGCAAACCCUCUGCCGUGGAUUUUCUGAGGAAGAGGUACCCGAGUUAUUCUGUCUUGGUUUGCACAGGAGACAAUGCCCCACCAGAGUCCCUCAUGUCAGUGAACUGCUGGCCCUGUAAUGUCCGUGCUGCAAUGCGACUUUGCCUCUGGGACUCUCCGGGCCUGAAGGACCCCCUGCGGGGCCCUCUGAAGGUCCGCCCUACCACCGCCCCAGAAACAACACUCAUCGUGCUUGUUGGUGCUGGGGUCCUCUUGGCCGCAGCCUUGUUCCUGUCCCACCCUACAUGCUGUGCUCCAGCAUCUGUAGCACUGAGUCCCAGGCGCACGAGCCUGACACAGGCUCCAUCCCAUGAACAGGAAACGCGAAGAAAACCCUUGAAAGUGGUUAGAGAAAACAGCAUUUUAAAGGAAGAGCGAAGGUCUGUUACUUCUCUUCCCGAAACAUAGCAGCCAGAAGCGGUUGAAAGAAUGUUUGUCAGCGCUGACAGAAAAGAUCAUCCCAGGAGACUAUCAGUGGCCCAGGAAUCCUUAAAGAUGGAGAGGCAAACUACAUAAAUACAGAGAUGAAAGGGAGUGAAAGAAAGCUCGGACAGCUCAUCACAUAGCUCAUGCUGUAAAACUGUGUGAAAGGAAUUUCUUCAGCACGAAGGUAAAUAGCAGGAGAAGGAUGUAACUUCAAGAAAAAAGAAAGAAAACCAAAUGAAUGGUUUGUGGAUAAACAUGAUAGUUUAUUUUUUUCCCAUUAAAGUUCUUUAUUAUAUGUGAUGCACUUGAAUACACAAGUUAUGCCGUUCUUAUAAAGGUCACAUAUGAGACACAGAUUUCAUAAACACAGGAGAAAUAAUUCAUAUGUCUGGAAGGCUUCUGUGCUUUAUUUAGAAUCUACAUAAAUGGAAUUUGGAUUGUAAAAUAUUAACCCUAAUCUGACCAUGAAAGGAUUGGGGCACCUAGUAUUAUUUCCGGAAUGACCAAAACACAAUGAUAACCUGAUUCAAGAAAAAUGCAAUGACCUCAGUACUUAGAAGCUGUGAAUGAAGAACUGAGAACAUUCAAACACAGGUUUCUGUGAGCACACAACCUAAAUUUGUCCUGGUAAAAUGCCUAGGAAUGGGAUUGUGGGUCAUAGGUCCAGAGCCAUUUCUCUGCCCGUCCUGGUCUAUACCUCACCAUCUACCCAGCAGACCCUGGGGAGGACCAGGGCUUCUUUCCUGGCAGCUUUCCUCACCAAGUUCCCAGGCAGAGGGCAAGAAGAGGGGCCCAUACUGAUCCAGACACUUUCAGGUCAUGCCCGAGCUGCUCCGGUAAGAACCCUGAAUUCCCCAGCUGUCUCCCACUCUGCGGGCGAGGAACCAUCCCUGACGGAGCCUCCCACAGUACCUGAGGCUGUCAGCAGGGCUGAGGGACAACUGUGAUUGCUAUAGCUCAUUCCUCUUCAGACCUAUCACCCUCAAGCCUAAAGAAGAGCUCAUAAAACCUUAGUAGGUCCAAGGGACAGAUUCACAGCUUUUUUGCACAGGCUCUCCCUCCAGCAGCUUUGGCUCCCGCCCAUAACUUCCAUGAAUGGCCCUUCCUCCCAGGUGCAUUGCAAACACCAGUGGCUCUUUAAGGUUUGCCCACGUGCCUGCAUUCCUCCUUCCCUCCUGUGCUUCCUCCUGUCCCAGCAACAAAUUUUCACUGCCACUUCACCUGUGGAUGAGUCAACAUCUCCAAGUGGUAUAAUGCUCCUCCUGGCUUCUGGAAGACAAGGAUUCUGCAUGUCCUGAGUGCUCCUGUGAGUAGUUUCUGGGGCAAGCUUUGUCCCCCUGUGUCUCCCUGGAAGAGAACCUUCCCCAAGGACCCAACUGCUCGGGGCCCUCACCAUACCUGACCAGCAGCACCUCAGGGAGGCGCACCCCAUCCAGCCUCCCAUCUGAGGAUCAACUUGCCAGUCAUCCCACAAGCAUCUUGGGCUUUACAGGAGCAGUUUGGAAAAGCAUCUCCAAAAUGCUGCUCCUGGACCCUGAAGACCCCGUUUUUCCUUGCUGAGGGAUUCAUGCCCAGUCUGCAGGCCUGUCUUCAGAAAAAGCCGGUGCUCUCUGUGGACGGUUACUAGACACCUUGGAGCUCAGCCCACAGUACUGAGCAAACUGAUUGCCUAGGAGAAGGAAGUCACCCCCGUCCAAGUCCCCAAACAUACUUGUGCCCAUUGCCUGACAGUGAAAAUGAUGAUAACCACAGCAGAAAACUGGAAAGAGACCACAGUUAGGGAACAGCAGGCCCACCACAGGAGGGUCCCUGACGGUAUCGGGGGUCGGCUACUAUCUGCAUUUAAGCCCAUAGUGGGCCAGGCAGGCCUGAUUCCUUUUGUCCCAAGGCCUGGGCCUCUGCCUAGAAAGUUUCAUGGCCAGAGCUCCAGAGACAAAGCGGAACCCUGCCCGCAGCCCUCCCGUGUGAACUUGUUUACUCAGCGAAAUGCCAUCAGCAGCUCAUACAGCUCCACUGGAGGAUUUCCAGGACCACGCAGGAGGGGUCGGGCCACAACCCGCACCAGGCUGUUCCCCAAGUCCUCUAAGGAGCCAGCAGAGAAUGGCUUCCAGUCUCUGUGUUCAGUCCCAGAAAUUUCCAAGGAGACCAAGUAUGAGAAGACGGCAGAUGCAGCACCAAGGCAGACAAAAUCCUGGAGCAACUGGGUGCACACUACAGACAGUGCUGGGUCAGGAAAACGCAAGAUUCCUCUGCUACAACACAGGCGAGGGGACCCCCUGCUUCUGCCGCCACCUCCCAAACUGAGUUAUCGAGUCACUGCUGAGCACAUAGGCCGGGAGAAGGAGGCAGCAUUGCAGCGCAUCAACAGCACGCUGAUGGGUAAGUCACAGGCUCCCAAGGUCAGCAACACCACACAGCCUUCCUGCUCUCCUCCCCUGCCUGCCUCUGGAACUGCUCCUUCACCUAGUGUCCCUACAGUGCCCUGCAAAGAGGCAGAGAAAAGGGAGCACGUAAUGGAGCAGGACUCCCUGGGCCCAGGGGCCCUCCAGGCAUCUGCUGCUGUGACCAGCUCCCUGCAUCCUGGGUGUGGAAGGAAGCGCAGCACCUCGGCUGCCUGCCCCUCCUCCUCAGAAGCCCUUCCGGGCUCCUCCUUGCAUUCCACGGCCACAGCCUCAGGCUCCUCCUUGACAGCUGUUCUGUCUCCUGCUGCCUGUAAGGGUGACCUCAGGACAAUAACUCCUGCCGUGCCUGUGCCUUCCGCUGGCGAAGCCCUUUUCCACCAGAAGGAAAGGCAGGAGUACACCCAGGGGUCCCCUACAAAUGGGGAGGAGCCCGGCCCGUGGAGCCCCAGAGUUUCUGAAAGAGUAGCAGCAGGUGUCGGGUCUGCCUUCCCGGCUGUCCCCAGCACCUACAGGACGAACUCUCCGUCGUCCCCAAUGUGCGUAGAAGCUCCUGUCACUUCACCGAGCAGCUCUCCCAGAGCAGAUCCUGGUGCCCCAUACUUCACCAGUCUUUCAAUUCCUGCCUCUGCCCAGAGUGACAGAGCCUCAGCCAGCACAACUGACUUCUGGGUCACUGACAUGGACACCACACCUCCCCGGAGCCUCUCCUCCUGGGGUCUCCCGUUGGCUCAUGGGUGCUCCUUCCUUCCCCUCUGCCCAGGCGAUGUGACUCCCACUCCCCUCUAGUGGCAGCAGAGCCGCAGCCAGAGAUGUCUCCACUCUCAGCUUGGAGGUUCUGCCACCGGGCCACACAAGCAAAACGUCUUAUAGACAUAGUCAGCUUCCCACAGACUUAUUUGGCCAUAAAGAACUUUUCCAAAACAGAUCAUGUAUUAGUCCACAAAGCAACUCCUGUUGCAUUAAAAAAGAAUAAUUUCUUGCAUAUUAUCAGAUCAUGGUGCGGAAGAGAAACCAAAAGGAAAAGAAUCUACAAAAAUUCUCUUAAACAUAUGGCAAUUAAACAGCACACUAUUGAACCAGCAGUGGAAUACGAAGCCAACACAGUAUAGGGUGCCUCAGAAAGGAUGGGAGUGAAUAGAACAUUCACUUGGGACAGAAAGUGGAGGAGUCCAGCUGGGAGUGAGGAGAGACUGGUAGGGAUCAGAGACUGGUUCUACACAAAAAGAGUGAACAGAUUUGUCAUUGUCAAUGUGCUGAGAAUAAAGGAGCCAGCCUACCACCAAACAGCAUUGUUGGGUGGAUAUUCUUGUUGAAGUUGUAGAGUUUGCCCAGCAUGAACCAGGCCCUGAGUUUGAUCCCCAGCACUGAAAAAAAAAAAAGGAAAAGAGUUCUAGUCAGCCCUUAUUCGCUGAUACAAAAUAUAUCACAUGCACAGCUUUUCCGACAUUCCAGUCAUGGUUUGCUGCCGUGUGCCACAUUUACAUGAGGUGGGACCAGUCGAGGUAGUUUGAUACUAAAGAUCCCUUUCCCUUUUUUCCUGGGGCCUCUGUGAGCCUUUUUCACCUGCCCGCUCCCACCCCGAGGAGUUUGCCUUCAAUAAAUCAACAACCACCUCACUGCCUUUUCUGUGUGUUUCGUCAAAUUCCUUCUUCAGGACACCAGGCAUCUGGAAAGAAGUCCCCAGGAGUCCCCUGAAAAUAGUCUUUCUUGUUUUAUAUUAUAUACUACAUGUAUCACUGACAUUAAGAAACAAUAAUUAGGUUUCAGUUUUCAACAUACUUCUACUUGUUAAAACACUGUGAAGACAGCAGUUAUUAUAAUCUGACAUAGUUAUAAUUCUUCAUGAUUUUCCGUCUCCUGAA